AUGCUCUCCGCACCUCCCGACAUCCCUGCAGCGGGCGUCGCGGCGGGUGGCAUCACCGGCGCGACACCCGUAUGGCGGGAAGGCCGCAGCAGCUGGGACAGCCUGGUGGAUGUACCAGAGUUGGCAGAGGUGCUGAUGGCGGCGCCACCCACGCGCGACUUUGCGGGCGCGCGAGACUUGAAGCCGCCCCUUUCCACUGCCACUGCAGCAAGCAAUGGCAGCACUGCCAAGACACCAGCCGCAGCGACAGAGCCUGCGCCUCCCCCGGCAGCUGGAGAAGUGGACACCUCGGACCCCCUGGCAGCCUUCCAGGCUGAGAUUGCCGCAGUGGAAGCGGAGGUCGCGGCGGCGGUCGAGGCCGAGGCAGGUGUGGGCAGCGGCCACACCGAAGACGCAGGGGGACCGGCGACGCCUGAGGAGCUGGAAUUUGAGGACGACGAUGGGACGGUGUACGUUUGGGACGGGGCGCUGCGCAAGUACCUUCCGAAAGACGCAGGCACAGCAGCGGCAGCGGCGGCGGCGGCAUCUGGUGGCGGGGACGCGGGCGCGUAUGAUCUGGAGGCGAUGACGUUCGCGGCUGACGACGAGGUGCUGCCGACGCUGGCGGGCGCCAAGGCGGCUGUUGCGGCGGCGGCGGGGGCUGAGGGGGUCGGCGAGGGCGAGGCAGCGGCAGCGACCGAGCGGAAGUCCACCCCCACCACAACCCACUCCACCUUACAUCAGCGCAAGCGCGACGCGAUCGUGGCAGACCACAAGGACAAGAUGGCGAAGAAAGCCGCCGCGAAGAAGGAGCACGAGGAGCAGCAGCGGGGCUGGUUUGAGUUGAAGAACAACACCAGCGUGUACGUCAACGGGCUGCCGUUCGACACCAACGAGAAGGAGGUGGCGGCGGUGUUCUCCAAAUGCGGCCUCAUCAAGGAGGGGCCGGACGCGCAGCCACGUGUCAAGCUCUACAGGGACAAGGACGGUGGCGGGCUCAAGGGCGAUGCUCUGGUGACGUACCUCAAGGCCCCGAGUGUGCAGCUCGCGACCACGCUGCUGGAUGGCACGCCGCUGAGGGACGGUGGCAAGCCCAUGAGCGUCACGCAGGCCAAGUUUGAGAUGAAGGGUGAGGCCUACCAGGCCAAGGACAAAGCCACUGCCCCCGGCGGCGCAGGCGCACAGCAGCAGCAGCGAAAGCGGGGCCCAAAGGCCAAAGGAGGCAAUAGGGCCAGCACAAAGGCGCAGCUAGACCGGCUGGAAAAGAAGCUGGGUUGGGGCGGCUUUGACGACAAGCUGCCGCUGGAAAAGAUCACUGUGAUCUUGACCGGUAUGUUUGACCCGCGGGAGCUGGAGUCGCAGCUGGGGGCAGCGGAGGAGCUGGAGGUGGAGGUGAAGGAGGAGUGCUCCAAGAUGGGACCUGUGGACAAGGUCCGAGUGUUCAAGGGCCACCCCUUGGGCGUGGUGAGCGUGCGCUUCAAAACCGAGGAAGGCGUGCAGGCGGCGCUGCAGCGGCUGGACGGGCGCUUUUUCGGCGGUCGGCGGAUAGGGGCGGCGCUGUGGGACGGCAUCACCAAUUACAACUUCAAGGUGAAGGAGACACCGGAGGAGGAGGCCGCGCGGCUGGAGGCGUACACACGUGACAUGGAGGCCAAGGCCACCGCCGCUGCUGCGGCGGCUGUUCCGGAGGCAGCAGCGGCGGCGACAGGGGGAGGCAGCACGGGCACGGGCGAAGCCGAGCCGAUGGAUUUAGCAGCGAGCUAA